AUGCGGAGAUAUUCUGAAUGUCACGUACGAAGUAAACAACAGAACGAGCAUACAGCUCUCAGUGAUCUUUGCCAGUUUUCCUGUGUAGUUUGCUCGAUCAGCACAGAUAUAUUAGUGGUUAACGAAAUUCCAAUUGAGGAAGAUGGAAUGCAGUGGUUUAUUCAACUAGCGAAAGAGAAGCCUAAUAAUGUAUCCAUCAUUGAAAAUGAUCGUGAAAUGAUUGACGAGAAACCGGAUCUUAAAAAUGUCCAACCUUUACCAUUUCCGCCAAAAAAUGCAACUUAUACAUUUCGGAAAUGUAAAGAAAAUUCUAAAAGUGAACUCUAUAACGAAGUGAAAAUAGUAUUUGAAUGUGAAGAUGUGAAGCCUAAAAAGGAUUUAUUAUUGGCUAAAAAAGUUGAUGAUGAUUUUGAAUAUCAUUUGCAGAAUGUACAACAUGAUGAUGGUUAUAAAAGUCAGAAUACAAUUAAAGUAGAACCCGUGGGGGAAGUGAAGCAGGAAUUUGUUGGUAACGUAGUAGAAGAAUUGAGUUUGGAUUUUGACUGUGAACUUGGCAAGCAAAAUAAAAGAAUGCACAAAGGUGUCAAACAUGUAUGUGAUGUGUGUGAAAAGACAUUCAAACAAAAAGGCCAUCUCAAAAUUCACAUUGAUACAGUGCACAAAGGUGUCAAAUAUGCAUGUGAUGUAUGUGGAAAGACAUUCACACAAAAAAGUAGUCUCAAGACCCACGUCGAUACGGUGCAUAUCGGUACUAAACAUGCAUGA